UUUAUCAAAUUAAUUUGUCAGACAUUCGCAGUAAAGGAUAUAUAGCUGACUUAUAUAAAGUAAUGCUUGAAGUGACACUGUAUUUAACAAACUUAUAGAAUUCGACUACCAUGUCCAAACUAAUCAAAUACCGACACAACACAUAAACCCAAUCAAACAAAUAGGAGAGAAAGGUCCGAUUCACACUAUUCCCGCACCAAAUUUGAGUUUACGAGAUAAACCAAGUAUCGUAGAAGAAGUACGCAACGAUAUCAAUUAUCAACAUCAAAAUUAUGCUAAUAAUAAUCACGGUACACACGUUACCAUUCAAAAAAGUCAUGAAUAUCAAGUAACCGAACCUCCGGAACAAAACCAAAAGCUGCACAGAGCCCAGCAAGAACACCAAAAGCAAAUUCAACUACAGAUUCAGAAACAGAUUCAACAAAUGCAGCAACAAAACGCUCAACUUGAACUACAGAAUCAACAGCAGCAAGCGCAAAUAGAUCUUCAAAAUCAACAACAGCAAAUUGUGAUCAAUAGUGAUCCGGUGUCAAUACAUCAAUCUUUAGACGAGAAUCUGCAAGGAGAUAUAAUAUUGAACAGUAAUUUAAGUCCUCAAGAGCUGUAUCAACUUGUCAAUGCCAAUUAUCCUCAUUUCAAUUUCCAGAAAACAACAUCUCCUUCUAAGAAUCCAUUGUUUCAAGUCAACGCAGAUUUUCUGGAACAGUUUCCAAAAGAUUCCGCCCAUAUAGCAUCUGAUAAAAUAACAUUCCAACCAGAAUACCAAUCGUUUAAUUAUGACGAACAAUCUCACCAGAAGAGUUUAGCAAAAAAAGACAUGACCAACUACAAUGAAGAAAAUGACAAAGGAAUAUCGUCAAGAAAUUCAGUAGAUCCUUUGGAUGAAGCUGAUUUGGUAAAAAAUUAUUUCGACGCUAGAACUGAUAUAGCGGAAAAUAAAGUUGAACAGGAUAAUAAAAGUUCAACUAAAGACGGUUUAGAAGAGAAGUUGAUGGAAGCCACUUUAUAUUCAUCUUUACCAAACAAAGAAGUUGCUGAACGCUUAGCUCAGCUUCAAACUGCUGGAAAAAUAAAUAGUAAUCUCAUGAAAUUAAGUAAUACAAAACAAAUAUCCAAUGCCCCGUUGACUAUUGUAAUGUCCGACGAAUACGAAACGGAAGAAGAAACUAUUAAGGGCCGUCGGAAGGAAGAAAGUGAAGCAAAUUCACACGAUUAUGAUGAUAUUGAAGGGAAUAUCAGUUCAGAAGAAGUAAACUCUGAAUAUGGACAUAGAAUAAAACCAAAGAAGCGAGCAGAAUAAUUAUCUGAUAUAAAUUAAUUUAUUUAUUUAUUUGUUUCCUUGCCAUUCUAUUUAUUGAAUGCUCUAUUUUUGUUAUUUGUUAAUAAAACAAUAUUUUUAAAAGUU